AUGAAAGCCACUAUUGCUGCUCUAACCCUCCUGGCCGUCAUUCUCCUAAUUGAGGGCAAACCCUUGUCUAUCAAGGAGAAGGGCCGAGGUGUGCAGAGACGUUUGGAGAAGUUCAAGGAGAAACUUAUCAGCAAACAGUGUGAGCAAGUGUGCCCACCAAUGCCUGGUAACAGCACGUCAAAUCUGGAGUGUGCUCGCUGCAUUGCCACAGGAUCUUCUCAACUCUCUGACUUCCUAUCAGCUGUCGCACUAGCUCGCUCUAACAAGAAUUGCUCAAGCAGGGUGAAGGUUUUCCUAAGAGAAAAAAGACACCGUCGUAAGAAAGAUGAAAGUAGCGAUAGUAGCCAAUCAGACAGUAGUGAUAGUAGCCAAUCGGACAGUAGCGAUAGUAGCCAAUCAGACAGUGAAGGAUCCGGAGAUAUUUCUCCACUUGCGGAAGAAAUCGAAAGCAGUAAAUCAAGAAAGAGAAGCAAAUCCAGCAAGAGUGACAGUUCUAAAAGCAAGCGAUCUGUGAGCGAAGAGAGUGAAGAUGGCAAUGAUGACGAAACUCUAACAAUGAUGAAAUCAAAAGGUGGAAAGUCUAAAAGUAACUCCGAUACUGAUGAAGAUGAAAGUGGCAAUGGUAGAAAAUCAGACAGCGAAGAAUCCAGAUUUCUUUCGCCGCUUGUGGAAAAAAGCAAUAAAUCUAGCAUGAGGGACAAAUCAAAGAGCAAACAAUCUGUGACCAAUUUUGGUGAGAGCGAACAGAGUAAAGAUGACAACAAUGAGUCUGCUGAUGAGUCAUCUAAUUCCAGUGAGAGUGAAGAAUCUGUAAGUGAAGAAUUUGAUAGCGAGUCCGAAGCAAGUGAGAGUGACUCAACUUCUGAUGCCUCAACUGCUGUAGAGAAAAGGCAAGCAGAGGAAGAGGAUGAUGAUAAUCUCGUCAAAAUAUUUGCUGCUCUGAUUGGAGAUUGUUAUGACAAGUGUGGCAACCUCAGUCGAGGGUGUGGAAAGCCUGUGCUGCCUUGUCUGAAGUGCAUCAUCAAAGAGUCUGACAUGGAUGAAACUAUGUAGUGAAUUUCAGUUAAAUACUAUACCAUAGUCCAAUUAAUGCCAAAAUUGUGACAUAUAAAUUUAAGGUUCCAUUUACAAA